AUGACGACCGAUCAGACGCGAGAUUCGUCCGCGGAAGCACCGCUAGGCGGUCCGAACGGCCAUGACUUCGCGGCGGAUGUUCCGCCGGAAGCCCUGGCGGCAAGCGUGGCGAUUUUGACGGAGAAGGAGCAAGACCCGGUGACGCGUCGCGAGUGGUGGGGGUGGUUUAUCUACAACGCGGCGGGAAACGCGUUCUCCCUCGUCGCAAUGUCGAUUUUCUUCCCGUUGCUCCUCGUCUACCUCGCCACCGCGCAGGCCGCCACGCAGGCCGGCGCGCCGCCGCCGCCGCAGUGCAACGCGACGCUCACGACAGGCUGCUUGCAAUGCGUGGCGGGCAAGGGGCAGCAGCUGAUGACGUCAACCAGCUACACGGCGUACGACUCGCCGAACCUGCAGGCGGGCGCGUUAUCCAUGGAGCCCUUGGCGAGCACCACGGUCGUCAUCGGGCUGACCCACACACUGUCAUGCUGUCCCCCCAUUGUCCCACACCCCUUCCCCGGCAGCUACACGGCGUACGAUUCGCCCAACUUGCAAGCCGGCACGCUGUCGAUGGAGCCGGUGGCGUACACAACGGUCAUCAUCGGACUGGCCGUGGUGGUGCAGAUCAUCGGCCUCGUGUGCUUCGGCGCCGAGGCGGAUUUCGGGCAGGGCCGAUGGCGGAUGCUGCUGGUGGGAACGCUGAUGGGGGCAGUACCCUGCAUUCUAUGCCUGGCGCUCACAUCGCCGUCUCUCUGGUGGCUGGCGGGUCUGUUUGCCAUCAUCGCUAAUCUCGGAUACGGCAUCUCUCUCGUCGGCUACAACAGGAUCCCUAUCCCCACCCUCAUCAUCCCCGCUUUUGCUGGCACCUUCCUGCCGGCACUGGUAGACUACUAA